CUGUGGAAGCCCGGGGCCCCCAAUCCCGGAGAGAGUUGGAUUAGAGAGGUACCGACUUGGUCCCACCCAAGGACACAGGACUGCCUCCACCCUUCACGGCAGGGAGAGGGCAUUUCUGCACUUCUGAAAAGAGACGGGUGGUAAGAACUCUGUCGUCUCACUGGGUGGAACGGCCCGGGCAUACCUGUAGCUCCUGGGGUCCCCUGGGCUUGAGGGUCGAUUAUCAUCUCCUUGGAAGAUGUGUUGGAAGACGUUGCUGCUUCUGCUGUUGUGUUACAAUGCUCAGGCUACUGUGUCCCACAGGUGGAGCAGGGCUGUGCUCUUCCCUGCUGCCCAUCGGCCAAAGAGGUCCUCAUCUGUGCCACUGAACCCCAUCCUGCAGACCUCCCUGGAGGAAGUGGAACUACUCUACGAGUUCCUGCUAGCCGAACUUGACAUCAGCCCUGACCUGAAGAUCUCCAUCAAGGACGAGGAGCUGGCCUCCUUGCGGAAGGCCUCAGACUUCCACACCAUCUGCAAUGAUGUGAUCCCCAAGCGCAUCCCAGACAUCCGCCGGCUGAGUGCCAGCCUCUCCAGCCACCCUGGUGUCCUCAAGAGAGAAGACUUUGAAAGGACAGUGCUGACCCUGGCCUACACGGCCUACCGCACAGCCCUGUCCGAAGGGUAUCAGAAAGACAUCUGGGCCCAGUCCCUCGUUAGCCUCUUCCAGGCCCUGAGGCACGACUUGAUGCGGUCCUCAGGUCCUAGAGUGUCUCCCUGAGAGACCAGCCCACACCAGGACCUCAGAGCAGGGACAGCACACACAGUAAUCCAGCAAGUCUUCAUUCUCUACUCUAUUCACAGAGACCAGCAACAAAACCUGUACCACCAACACAGAGUAGCAGAGAUAAAAUCAAAGUGACCACCUUGCCCUUUCACCCCCCUAUAGCUUCCUGACAGACACAUCUGAUCCAUGUCAUAAUGUGACUGGGCUGGAAGAAGGGGUUGAAGUGGUCAUUCAAGAUGCCUCCAGAGGCAGAAUGGUUUGCCUGGUGACACACAGGAGUCUCAAAUGAGCUCCAACAUAGGGCGAUGGCCACACACUCCCAAGACUGAGGACAGAGCUAGAGAAAACAUCACAGAGGCAUGGCAGGAAGAGGAGGGACAGAUUCCUUUGGUCCUAAGGGACCAGAGUACUGCGUUGGAUAAACAUAUUUCCAAAGAUUCUACAGUAAAUAUUAAGAAACUAGAGCUAUACCCAAAUAAAUACAUUGUUAGGCUAAUGAUAUACUUCUUGACUUUUCCAAAAGUCACUGAGAAGAAUCAGUUAGAAAAUUGGUAACUUUAUGACCUGUUGCCUUGACUUGUCUUUUCUGAGGGCUGGUCUAAUACAGAGGAGAAACAGGAAAGGGACCUACAGAAAUGCUACGAGUCCAGGCACACUUCAUCUUUUGAACAAGGAAAUCACGCUAAUGCAGAGAGGUCGUCCUAAUAGAAAAGGCGGCCCCUAGGCCCAUGUCUAUCUGUCUUAACACUUAAAUAAUUUAGCGUUAAGACAGAGAAUGAAGGUGCUCCAAAUAAACACGAUUUUCAAUGACAGAAUUUUACACUUUCAAAUACCAAAACUUCAUUUUAGAAAUGUUGACUUGAUAUCUAUUUAAAUGAAAUGCCUUAAGCUUUUAUUUCGUAUCUUCAGAUAACCAUUUGAAACAUUCUAGUGAAGGAGUUGGAUAAGAUCAUCUCUAAGAUUCCUUCCACUGAUGGAAUUUCUACAAUCAUUUAACUGUGAGAUACUGCAGGGAGAGCAUGUGGAUCUAAAAGGUCUGCUGGGCUGUGUGUACCAACCUUGCACGAUCCUGGGCUUUGCUCAUUCUGUGUCCAGUUCUGAGUUUUUCUGCCACCUGCCUCACUGUCAGGCGAGGCUAUUAGAGUGCACUUGUCUUUCUUACCAAUAUAACUUGCCCUUUGCAAUCUGUUCUUUCUUAGCUACCAUCACGUAAAAACUAGCAUCGCUAGGCUUGUUAUAAUUCUAUGUUAAAUAAGGGUUAUAGAUGAAAGCCUCUGCUAAGAUUCAAGUAUCUAUGUUCUAAUACUAAUUCCUCAUCAGCUCAGAGAUCUUUCUGACUUCUCCUAGAUUUACGGCUGGGUUCUGGAGGCUAAAGCUGUAAGUCUGACUUUUGAAUGAGUGAGAACUCGUUGGGCUAAACUUGAUUCUGACAUGGGUACCUGACAAUCGUCAUCUGAUGAUGAUUGGUCUGGAUUUCUUCAAAAUCUUUGAACAAAUGAGAUUUGCCUGCAGCACCAGCUCCAUGAUCUCUUUGGAGAAAUACUCGGAUGCAGAAAGAAGGUAUUCACCGUCAGAGAAAAGUACAGCCUUGGGUCCCGAUAUUCCCAAGCUCAGAAGAUCAAGAACUCUCAGUCUCUCUCUCAUUCCCUCGCUAUACCCUUCUGCCUCCCUCACACGAAGAUUCUGCUACCUGCUUUUUCCUUUAAUCUUUCUCUGACAUUAUGUGUUCUCCUCGACAUGGCCACUCUGCUUGUCUCUUUCUUUCUUUUUAUUUUAAAUCGUGUCUCCCCUGCUCUCUAUUUGGGACCCAUUCUAAAUAUCUUUGUAUCUGUUUCUUGAUACAUCUCCAUGUCUCUUCUGUCUGACUGCUGCCCUCUAUCUCUGCCUGCCUGUACUCUGACACUCACUGUCUUUUGGUCUCCUUUCGGUACCACUGUCUGAAUAAAACAAAGGUCAGCGUACAGACAAGGGUUGGGAUCGCCCAGAGGCAGAUCAUCCUCAUAGCCCACCCUCACUAGUGUACUUUUCCUGCAUGUGGGGUGGAAAGGGGACCAGCAAUGACCUCAGUCCCUAGAUACUGCACAACACCCUGGUAGACAGAGUCUUGCGACCCACCCUGAAACUCCACCCCCAGCAGGAUGGAUCUGAGAGCUUUCUUGUACUUAGAAUCGUCAGUACCAGGGUGGAAAGACCCACCCCUGUAGUCCCUGCCUACCAUGUUAUGAUAGAGAUGGCUGAUCCUAGUGGUAGGAGAUUUGUGAACGGGAGGACGGUUCCCAGGACCAUUGGUAGCAAUGAUAGUUCAUUCACCCAGCAACCAACAACUACAUGUACUUUGUAUUUGUACAUUGGGGCUUGAAUUUGUAUGGCAAUCAAUGACUAAACAAAAUAGAAAGAAGUACAUGACCUUUUUAAAGACAAAUGAAGACUCCGUUUUCAGUAACUAGAUUCUUGCGCAUGAUUUUAGUCUGAAUACAGAUUAAUUUUUAACCCACAGAAAGUUUUAUAACAAAGACUUCAUUGACAUGCAAAAUCAAACAUUAUGCUCACCAUUACCUCCCAAAAGACCCUACUCUUUCCUCAAUGAACAGGAGGGAGUGGACCAGACAGAAAGGGACUCUCCCAUUUUGCUUCAUUAGUGCCACAUUCUACACAACCACAUCACGAUCGGGUUGUAUUUUAUCACAUUUACUCAUAGAAUAACUUAGAGGUGUGAUGUUUGUAGUGGAAACUCGACUGUGAUUUAUGGCAGGAACCAUCUCUGCCAUUUCUAUAUGGCUGGGAAAAUGUAGGAUCUAAAACUCUGAAAGUUUCCUUUAUAUUUGGCAUUUCUCAUGGUUAUUUCCAGUGUCAUUCAAGAGACAUUGACAAACACCUACGUGCUGAAACUUUCAUUACUCUGUCAUCUCAUGUUGAAUCUAGUGGAAAGAGAAUCACAUAAGUGGUAAAUCAGUCAAAAGAUAUUUCUGCAGGUACACUGUCAAAAAUUAAAUAUGCAUUAAGUGACUACAUGACACACCUUACUUUCCUAAUCCAUUUUAAUGUCUAACAUUUCUCUUUUUUUUAUUGUGGUUAAAAAACUCAUAAUAUAAAGUUUACCAUUUUAACCAUUUUUAAGGGUACUAUAUUUUAAGGAUACAAUGUGCAGUAGUAUUAACUAUAAGCACAUUGUUGUGAACAGACCUCUAGAACUUUUUCAUCUUGUAAACUCUAUACUCAUUGAACAACUCCCCUUUUCCCCUUCCCCCAGCCUUUGGCAAUCAUCAUUCCACUUUGUGUUUUAAGAGUUCGACUACUUUAGAUACCUCAUACAAGUGGAAUCUGUCUUACGUUUCUUGACCAUUGCAUUCUGGAAAGUGUUUUCUUCAUCUGAAAAUGGAUAGAGUCCUGAAGGAGAACUACUGGUCUUACUGUGUCCCUCACCUUACUUAAUUUUAUUUAACAAAUAUUCAUUUAUAGUAUAAUAAAAAUGCCAUGAUUGGA